AUGAGUACAGCUUUUACUCAGGGUACCGUAAAGAGAAUCAUGAAAGAGCUUCAAACAAUGCAGAAGGAACCGCCGCCGAAUACCAGUGCUGCACCAAUCGAUGAAAACGACCUCUAUAGAUGGCAGGCAAUUAUUCUUGGUCCACCUGAUUCUCCAUAUGCUGGUGGAGUAUUCAAGCUAUCUAUCGUUUUUCCAGCUGACUAUCCAUUUAAGGCACCCCGUAUUGAGUUUUUGACCAAGAUUUACCACUGCAACAUCAUGAAUAAAACACUUUGCAUCGAUAUUUUAAAGUCACAAUGGAGCCCAGCUUUGACUAUAGACAAAGUUCUCAUCUCAAUUGUAUCGUUACUUGUAGAUCCCAAUCCAAAGGACCCACUAAAUCGAGAGGCUGCAGAGAAAUAUUUGAACGAUAGGAAAGAAUACGAAAGAAUAGCAUCAGAAUGGACAAGAAAGUAUGCAAUGGAAAACUCAAAGGGCGAAUAUGGAUCUGAGUUGUGA